AUGUCCGUGUCGUCCCUGCUGAGAACAAGCUGUAGGAGGGCGUUCGGUGUGAUCGGUGGGGGGCGCAGAUCGGUCUCCGACUUACUUUCUGGAGUUCACGUUGUUCCGCGACGGUCCAUUAUAGAUCUGUCAUACUCCACACACUUCAUGGAUUUUAAAGGAUCCUCGAUACCCAGCUCUAUGCAAAAGCUGACCGUGACGAGGCUAAGUCAACAUUUCAAAGAGGCCGUCUGUCUGAACACAGUUCCAGUCCCGACGCCAGGCGAUGGGGAUUUGCUGGUUCGAAAUCGUUUCGUAGGAAUCAACGCCUCGGACAUCAACUACUCGGCCGGGCGCUACGACCCCUCGCUGAAGCCCCCCUUCGACUGUGGCUUCGAGGGGGUGGGCGAGGUGGUGGGCCUGGGUCUCAGCGCCAGCGCCCGCCACACCAUCGGGGAGACGGUGGCCUACUUCAGCGACGGCGCCUUCGCCGAGUACACCGUGGUGCCGGCCAAGAAAGCCAUGGCCGUGCCCUCGGCGAAGCCAGAGUUCCUCACCCUGCUAGUGAGCGGGGCCACGGCCUACAUUGCCCUGAAGCGCCUGGGGGAGCUGACGGAGGGCGAGACGGUGCUGGUCACCGCCGCCGCUGGCGGGACGGGGCAGUUCGCGGUGCAGUUCGCCAAGCGGGCGGGCUGCCACGUGGUCGGGACCUGCUCCACGGACGAGAAGGCGGGCUUCCUGAAGAGCAUCGGCUGUGACCGGGCGGUGAACUACGCGGCUGAGGACCUGGGCCAGGUGCUGCGGCAGGAGUACCCCAAAGGGGUGGACGUGGUGUACGAGUCGGUGGGCGGCGGCGUCUUUGACCUGGCCGUCAACUCGCUGGCCACCGGGGGCCGGCUGAUCGUGAUCGGGUUCAUCUCGGGGUACCAGUCGGCGUCGGGCGUGGCCACGGUGAAGGGGGGCACCCUGCCCAUCAAGCUGCUGCAGAAGUCGGCCAGCGUGCGCGGCUUCUUCCUGCCCCACUUCCUCCGCGACUACCAGGAGGCCCUGGGCAGCAUGAUGCAGAUGGUGGCACAGGGGACGCUGGUGUGCGAGGUGGACUGCGGAGACCAGGCGCAGGAGGGGAGGUUCGUGGGCCUGGAGUCCGUCUUCAGGGCGGUGGAUCACUUGUACGCCGGGAAGAACCUGGGGAAGAUCGUGGUGGAGGUGGCCCCGGCCCCGUUCGCCAGCAGUAAGUUGUGAUGCUCCACCCUGGCGAGCGAUAAUGAUAAGCGGCGCGUUAGCGGGGCUCCCACUGCACCCAGCCCAGUGUGAAGCUCUGAAGUCAUAAAUUAAUAUUCUAUCAUCUUUGAGGACAUAAAAAGCUUGGAUGUUGAUUGCACUGUAAUUCCUGAAAGAUAAACAGAUAAUUUAUUUUUUUUGAUGAUUAUUUGUAUAAAUUCAAUAAAGUUAAUGAUAUUUUGAA